AUGUCGACGGUAGAAGGAGCCGGACAGCGCGAGGAAGGGGAAUACGGAAGGGCGGCAAAGCGGCUGAAAACGGAGGAGAGGGAGACGGAGGCGGAGGAGAAAGAGGAGGGGGAAGAGGAGCUGGAGGAGGGGGAGGAUUCGGACUCCGGCUCGCUUCCAGGUAACGGAGAGUCAGCGGCGGACAACCGGGCCCGAUGGAGCGCCAGUCAGUACGGAGCAGGACGGAGGGAUAAUGGGGAGGACUCCCAUCGUAUCUCUCCCAGUCCUGUGGUCCAUGUCAGGGGUCUGUGUGAGGCUGUGGUGGAAGCAGACCUGAUAGAUGCCCUCGAGAAGUUUGGACCCAUAUGCUAUGUGAUGAUGAUGCCAUUCAAACGUCAGGCCCUGGUGGAGUUCUCUGCAGUGGAAAGUGCUGACCGCUGUGUGUCCUGUGGAGCCAAGGAGCCUGUAUAUAUUGCAGGCCAACAGGCGUAUUUUAAUUAUUCCACAUCGAAGAGAAUCACCAGGCCGACCAACGCUGACAACCCCAACAGUGGCAACAAGGUCCUCCUGCUGUCCAUACAGAAUCCUCUCUACCCUAUAACAACGGAUGUUUUGUACACAGUGUGUAACCCCAUUGGCAGUGUGCUGAGGAUUGUCAUCUUUAAGCGAAAUGGAAUCCAGGCCAUGGUGGAGUUUGAGUCAGUUCAGUGUGCCCAGAAGGCCAAAGCUGCUCUGAACGGAGCUGACAUCUAUGCUGGCUGCUGCACUCUCAAGAUUGAAUAUGCCAGGCCCACACGUCUGAAUGUGAUAAAGAACGACAAUGAGAGCUGGGACUACACUAAACCAUACCUGGUCAGACGAGAUCGUGGAAAGGGCAGGCAGAGACAAGCCAUUUUAGGAGAACACCCUUCAUCCUACACUGACAAUGGCUAUGGUCCACCCUGCCCCCUGCUGCCUCUGCCUGGUAACAGCAGGUAUAAGCUCAGCUCAGUGGAUGUUCCAGACAUGGUGUCCUACCCUCUGCCCCAGUCAUCUUCCUCUUACUCUGGCCACGCCCCUAGCUCUGUUGCCAUGGUGAGUGGCCUCCAUCCAUCCAAGAUGAACUGCACCCGAAUCUUCAACCUCUUCUGCCUCUACGGCAACAUUGAAAAGGUGAAAUUUAUGAAGAGUGUUCCUGGUACAGCACUGGUUGAGAUGGGAGAUGAAUAUGCUGUGGACAGAGCCAUCACACACCUCAACAGCAUCAAGGUGUUUGGCAAGAGACUCAAUGUUUGUGUGUCUAAGCAGCAUGCAGUGAUCCCCAGCCAGGUGUUUGAAUUAGAGGACGGCAGCAGCAGCUAUAAGGAUUUUGCCAUGACCAGGAACAACCGCUUCAGCAGCGCAGGGCAGGCCUCCAAAAACAUCAUCCAGCCUCCAUCUGCAGUGCUGCACUACUACAAUGUUCCUCCAUGCAUAUCACAGGACCAUUUACUGAGGCUGUGUACUGAGCAUGAUGUGCCCGGCUUCGUCAAAUUCAAGAUGUUUGAUGCCAAACCCUCUUCUAAGACCAUCUCUGGCUUGUUAGAGUUUGACAGUAAGACAGAGGCGGUGGAGGUUCUUACUGUUCUCAACCACUACCAGAUCAGGAUACCCAAUGGUUCCAACCCAUACACCCUGAAACUGUGUUUCUCCACCUCAUCUCAUCUCUGAAGACCUGCAGAUCAGAGGAAGAAGCUGCUGAGCGUGGUGAUGGCUGACCUCCUAGAGAGAGGGAGGGCCAGUUCAGACAGAAGGACAGACGAGUGGAGAAGAGAAAUAAACACAUACAAUGAGAGAAGAA